ACUUUACGACCAAAGUGAUGUUCAAACGCGCCAUGUAAAAGGGUCGUCUUGUUUUUUAAAUUGGCCGCAAGUUACUUACUGGAAUGUGAAGACCCUAACUGUACCCAAAGAAUCCGCGAAUAAAAUCGAAUGUGGCAGAGUGAAGUGUAUCGGAAGUUUGUUAUUGAACACAGCUGAUAUCCAUAUAAUGGCAUAUUUCCGUUUCAUAAUUUUUACAACAUCAAUCGCCACAUUCUGCGUCAUCCUUACAACUGGACCAUGCUGCAGCUCGGAACUAACAAACAGUUCGAAAGUCAACUCCAUGGUGCGGGAACUGGAACGGUUAGAACCCAACGAAACAAACCUACCGCGACCGAUUGUACCUGCACAGGUGCAACCGAAGAGAAUGAAACUCAAGGUAACACCCAAAAGACGUAAACACAGCAAUGCUACAAGUAACACAACAAAACGAUCGAAACACAAACGGAAAUCCGCCAUGCAUAAUGCCCUCCAGUCAGCGGCUCGGAAGGGAAUGGAAGCGAUGAUAGAGUUGUUUGACAGACGCGAGCCAGACAUGGUUAAGAGAGGGAAUAUUCUUGAUCCAAACGAUCCCGGAGCUUUGCUUUCGAAGUUUAGUUCAUCUGAUGAUGUUCCCGAAGAUCAGGCUAAGGGAGGUUAUGCUGCAUUGGUAGCAGCUAAGCAUUUGAAGGAAAGCACCAACGUAGAGUAUGUGGCCAUCGGGCGUCAGGUGACGCCGAAGAUCUCACUCAAACGGACCCCCCUGGAAGGGCUGUGUCCUGCGAGAGAUCCACCGCCGUGUGUUCCCGCUAGCAGGCGCUAUCGUACUCACGAUGGAACGUGUAACAAUAGGAAGCGGCCACGCUGGGGUGCGGCCCAGAUGCCCUUCCAUCGGUUUCUGGCACCGGAGUAUACUGACGGCGUUGAAGGGAUCAGACGUUCGGCCAACGGUUCACCCCUGCCGUCGGCGCGCUUUGUCAGCCUCGUCGUGCACGGAGCCCGCCAGGAGGAAGCCCCCAUCACGAUGAUGCUAGCUCUGUGGGGACAACUGUUGGAUCACGAUCUCACAGCUACCGCGCAGCCUCGCAGCCUCAACGGUUCCACGCCCCGUUGUUGCGGUGAAAACGACGACAGCUUGCAUCCUUCCUGUCUGCCUAUAAAAGUGCCCCUCGACGAUCCUUGGCUAUCUCCGCUCGGCGUACGCUGCCUAGAGUUCCUUCGUUCGGCUCCCGCCCAGCGACGGGAUUGUUUGCUCUCCUGGCGCGAACAAACAAACCAGGUAACCUCAUACAUCGAUGCUUCUCCCAUUUACUCGAGUAACCCGAGGAGCUCGGAUAAUGGUAGGAUAUUCCGUGGCGGUAUGCUGCUGUUCGGGCGUGGGCCACCCAGUGAGGAUGUUUGUUUCCGAGCUGCCCUUGCCAACCAAUGUAUCCGACCCGGGGAUGCCCGAAGCGGCGAACAGCCGGGUUUGAUGAUGCUUCACGUGAUCUGGGUUAACGAGCACAAUCAGAUUGCCAACCGGCUGUCCGACAUAAACCCACACUGGAGCGAUGAAAAACUAUACCAGGAAGCCAGACGAAUAGUCGGUGCAAUGUUCCAGCAAAUUACUUAUCGCGAAUUUUUACCUGUCAUACUAGGGAAGGAAGUGAGUCGCCUUUUUAAUCUGGAACUUGAAACCAGUGGCUUUUACAAUGGGUAUGAUCCCAGCGUUAAUCCGACGGUUUCGAAUGAAUUUUCCGCGGCGGCUUUUCGUUUCGGUCACUCGCUGAUACAAGGAUCCUACAUGCGGGCAGAUCGACACCAUCGUUUCAUUCCCAACAAUGUCACGUUGCAUGACGAAAACGCGGAAGGCGAUCUUGGGGGCCCCGGAUCGUUGCAUCGAUUGAUACGAGGUAUGGUCAACCAACGUGCACUAAAACGAGAUGAGUUUAUCACAGCAGAACUGACAAACCAUCUAUUUCAGACUAGCCGUUUUCCGUUCGGAUUAGAUCUGGCAGCUAUCAACAUACAACGAGGUCGAGAUCACGGCAUUCAACCAUACGUAAGCUGGAGAAUACCUUGCGGACUGACGCCGGUCAAAGAGUGGGGUGACCUGGAUCGCGUAAUGGGUCCAGCAUCGGCACAUCGAUUGCGCAAGGCGUACCGUUCGGUGGAUGAUAUUGAUCUGUUCGUUGGAGGUCUAGCCGAACGGCCAGUCAUUGGUGGCAUAGUAGGACCAACGUUUUCCUGCAUUAUUGCUCAGCAAUUUAGCAAUCUUCGCAAGGGAGAUCGAUUCUGGUACGAGAAUCCUGGGUUCGAGUCUUCCUUCACUCCUGCUCAGCUGGACUCAAUUCGACAAGUGGCAUUCUCGCAAGUUAUUUGCAGAGCACUUGGAGGGGGAACCUUGCAACCACACGUUUUCUUACCACAUGACAACGGACCGAACGAAAGGCUACCAUGCAGUUCAAAAUUAAUGGCGCCUAUUGACUUGGAACCCUGGACAGAACGUGACCCAUUCGCAAGACCCAAUGACACGCCAAACACGGGACAGAGCGGAAACCUGAUCGAUCUGGAAACUGCACCAACCUCCUCUUUCUCAACUACGUCCACGACCACUACGACCACUACUAGACGUCCUACAAAGAUUGCCAGUGUAGUAAACAACGUAGACUUUAUACCAAACGCAAAUACCGGACUCCAUAUGCAGUCCACUACGACUACUACAAGACGUCCUACGAAGGUUGCCAAUGUGGUAAACAAUGUAGACUUUAUACCAAACGCAAAUACCGGACUCCAUAUACCUCCUAACGGACAAAUACUGCUCAAUUUAUCAAAGCCAGCAACAGCCGUAAACAAUAAACUGGAUCUCAACAAUGUUUCGACGCGACCUGCUUCCUCCGCGUCACAAAACACUGCAACAAGACCAACUCCACAUAAAGAACCAUUCUUGACAGCGUCUACUGCCAUUGACAACAAACUUGAUCUUACCGCAGCGACUGUUCCUCCCAAACGCAAACCUACCAGAAAGACAACUCCCAAACGACGACCAACUCCGUCCAGCAAUAUAGCGAACAACAUAGACUUGAGCUUGAAACGAGAUUUGACCCACAACUUGACCGAGGUUAACAUCAACGUUGAACACAAGCUGACAAGACGUGACAUAUCUUUCAUAAACCUCUCGAAACUAUUUACAAACGACGACAACGCGACAUUACUUUCUACAAAAAAUAUCGAACUUCGACGAGGGUACUAUCAAUCUCCCGCUCCCGCUCCACCAUCCGAUUACGACGACGGUAACCAUUACGACUACCACAACGACGCUGACCCACCUGUGUACGUCAAACCCGGAUACGGUUACGGACAUGGAUACAAGCCACCAGCCACAGAACCACCAUACCCAAAUCCGUACUAUAUCGCUGGAGGGUAUUACGGUACGACUGAAGCACCACUGGUCCAUCCACCAUACUGUGUUUACAACUGUUACCAUCCGCCCAUGACAACAUACAAUCCCUACGGCAUGGACACCCGCAGACCACUCCGAAGAACGACCCCAAGACGAGGACUUCCGAAUAAAAUCACAAACGUUGACUAUGACCACGAUGCACAACUUAGACAAACAACCAAGAAACAACAACAACAACAAAGAACGACUACUAUACGAUCAGUUUUCCAACAACCGGGACUAAUAGUAAUAAAAGAUAAUAGACCAAAUGACAAACCUAUCUUUCUGUCGUCUUCCUCCUUUCCAUCUGUCUCGUCUAUGAGCACCAACGUGUUUCCUCAGAAUUCUAAUGCACAUACUACGAGCGCUUCUCAAUCUGUUUUCUCCGUAGAUCCUAGACCUGAAUUUUCUUCUUUGCCUAUCGCUCAUCAAUCUAUAUCUUCUCCAAUCUUUUCUCAGAAGAACAGUAAUCAUAACAAUCUUUUGGGAGCAUUCAAAAAUGGUCAAGACCGAUCAUCCUCUAAACAGAUCUUCGCCUUGGACCACGACAACGACUAUGACAGUUCAAUGCUCGAUCUAGAAAGACCGUUGAACAUACACGAACAUGACGGAUACCUUAGACCGGAACUUAACAAGUAUAAACCACUGAAAAAAACCAACAACUUCACAACGUACCGAGACUAUAGUUUAUACAACAGAGACAAUACAAUUGUGACUUAUGAAAUACCCACCAAUCUGACACUUUGGACAAACGUCGACCACAGACGAUACGCAGAAAACCAUCAGCAAUUCGGUCUACCAGACUUGGAUGACGACCGGGACCAAUUUGUUGGGCCUUACAUCGAACACGACAAAUCUCACAGUUCCGACCCGAACGAUGACCAGUUGAAUGAUUACUCAAACAAGCACGACAUUGGCCGACACUCACACGAAACAGACGUAAAAAUCGCUGACGAACAACAAAGCAACGCUACAAUUAAUAUCACUCAAGACAAUUCGAAUAACUUUGAAAAGAAUUCCAAUUCCAUUAAUUCCAACAACAAGGAUAUGGACACCAUUGAGACUGAUCUUCAACAAACUAACUCAACAGACAAAAUAACUAAAACUGACAAAGACAUCGGAAAACAUGGAAACGUACAGCAGACGAUGGGAACUUCUCUUAAAACAUCGAAAGACCAAACAGCCAUAAUUGACUCGAACGCUAAAAUCGAUGAUGGUACAAACGAUAGCAAUGAACAUGACAAAUACCUGAUAGAACAGCUUGACGAGAAACAAUUUUCGAUAAUAAACGUAAAUACCUCAGACCUGGACUCUUAUGACUUAGUCGACUUGGAAGCUAAUAAUUACGAUACAAAAAAGCUGAACGUUCUUGGAGGAGACCGUGAGAAACCGACAUCUUACAUUAAACGAACGAAUACUCAUUUAACGAUUCCUGAUCACCCGUUAAAUAGACCUAAAUACUAUGACAUUGACCCAGAUUCGAUAUUAGACUUUGAAGACACUUUUGCACGCACCUCCAAUCAGGAUACUAUACAAUCAAUACUUUCCGACCAACCGGAUGCUACAGAUAACGACCACUUGUUACAGACAAAUGAAUAUCAACUGACUGAAUCUGAAAAACUAACUGAGAAAGACGAACAAUUACAUGAACGGAAACCUUCAAACAUAAAACUAUCUGACAAUGAACAUCAAUCAACAGUGCCCAAACAAACGAAUACUGCUACGCGACACACAAACAUUGACGACCAAUCGACAUCUGUAGAAGAAAACAGAGGGAGAAGGCCGAUAGGCAACGUCCAAACUAAACGGCUAAACAACGAACAACCGACGUCGACGUCGACCACCCCGAAAAACAAAAAAACCUCAAACGCCUCACGAAAACGACGACCGACAAACCCAAGACGCCCGACUAAUAACCCGAACCACCAAUCGAACCACGGACAAAACGACCGUAGACAACCUGAGAUUGCACUGGUUCCCUUCGUACUGCUAACCAGCAUCGAUAGACCUGACAACUGGGUGAUGUUUAAUGUGGCCAAAUCGAAGGAACGAAGACCCUUACCGGAUGUUCCCCAGCUCAAAAGUGACAUUUUCUCACUGAGCGAGCUGCCAAAACCAAUUUUCGCCGAGGACGGAGGACUUUGACAGAAGACCAAAAUAAGACCAGAGUAGAAUGACCAUAUGACCAAACCGUUCAACAAGAUAACUUUUUUGACGUAACGACGAAUUAUUGACUUAUGACUCGACGAACACAGAACCCUGACACUGGACUCAAAAUAAACUGAAGCAUCCUUUCGACACAAUGCAAUUUAUACUGAUUAUUUAUUUAUUUAUUUAUUUAUUUAUUUAUUUAUUUAUUUAUUUAUCAAAUUCAUUCAUGUCAUUAGAUCAAAUACAGUGAGAAUUCAUUAGCACUGUAUAUUUAUCACAAUGAAUCAUAUUUUAUUAUCAAUUUAUAUUAUGGUAUUUCAAUAAACCAUAUAUGUUUGUAAAGACUAAA